AUGGAGGUGGUGAUCAGGAACGACCAUAUGUACCUGUGUCGUGGCUGGGAGCAGUUCGUCCGUGCCUACGACCUGCGCCACGGGUACUUCCUUGACUUCAGGUACGACGACGAUGCCAUGCUCACCAUGAAGGUGUUCAACACAACUAUGUGCCGCAUGCGCUACCAGGAUGACGACGAUGCCAGCAAUGCGAGCAGCGGCAGCGACUCUGGCUAUAGCAAAAGCAGCAGCGAGUUUGGCUACAGCGAAAGCAGCAGCGAGGAUGAUCCGGAAUGGAGUGGGGAAGAAGUGGAGCAAAGUGGGGAUGAGGAGGUGCAGCCAAUUCGGUCUGACGAUGACCUCGCGAUGGUGGUGGCAGACGAUGGCCAAGCGAUGGUGGUGGCUGACGAUGGAAGAGUACAUCCCACUGCCUCGCCGCUCUAA